CAACGAGGAGGGUAGGCGGAGUCAUGACAGAGGCGCUCACCCUGGCCAGGAGCCAUGGCAACGAGGAGGGUAGGCGGAGUCAUGACAGAGGCGCUCACCCUGGCCAGGAGCCAUGGCAACGAGGAGGACAACAAAUACACAGAAAAUGUAUCACUGCACAAACAAGCUCUCUCAAAGAUGAUAUCCUUUGAUAGAAUGUACAGGGGCUCACAGUUCUUCAUUUCAUGCUUUAACUUUUGAAGUUACCAAAAAAUACCUGUGACUCACAUGUAUGACAGGAAACCAAGCAAGAUAAAGAAUUUUUAAAAAUCCACUUUGGCUGCACCUGCAGUUCAUUUAAGAACAAUGAGACAUCGACAGUAAACAGUGACGGAUUUUGAUGCCUUACUGUCAGAAGCCCGUCUUCUGUUGGUCUUGCUGUGGUUCAUCAAUGUCCCUCUGUGUCUUUGAUGUAUGCUGGAAUUAGAUAUCUGACUCAUACAUCUGCCAUCCCAGCACUGCUGAGUGCUGGUUUUGAAUGUGGCCAUAACUGUGUCUGUGUGCAGUUUGCAGGCUUCCUCUGUUCACAUGGCAUUUCUCCACCUUCCAGUGCCCUGCAAUGGACUGACGUGCUGUUGAAGAAACGACAGAGACAGUGAAGGUACAGAGGAUGAGGAAGUGAGUGUCAGUCUCCACAGAUCUGGGCUCAGUGACACACACACAUAUGGAUCCUCUGAUGCUCCUGUUUCUCCUCAUUGCUGGGCUCACAGGUGCUGACAGUGUGUCCACAGGUGGAUGGGUGACUGUUCGCAGUGGAAGAUCUGUCACCAUUCCAUGUUUCUAUGGUGACAGAUAUAAAACUCAUGUGAAAAAAUGGUGCAGAGGGUAUAAUGUGAGGUCAUGUACUCCCAUAGUACACACUGACUCUCCACAGGAGGGUAAAGUGUCAAUCAGAGAUGAUCCUGACCAGCGAGUCUUCACUGUGACCAUCAACAAUUUGACAGCUGGGGACUCUGGUUGGUUCUCAUGCUUUGUAAAUAUCAGUGGAGGUUCAGAUGUUCGAGAUUGGGUUUACCUGUCAGUAACUGAAGGUGUGUCCACACUGAGACGAGUGUCUGUACAGAGAGGAGGAUCUGUCACCAUCUCAUGUUUAUAUGGUGACAGAUAUAAAACUCAUGUGAAAUACUGGUGCAGAGGGUAUAAUGUGAGGUCAUGUACUCCCAUAGUACACACUGACUCUCCACAGGAGGGUAAAGUGUCAGUCAGAGAUGAUCCUGACCAGCAAGUCUUCACUGUGACCAUCAACAAUCUGACAGCUGAAGACUCUGAUAGGUACUGGUGUGGUGUGAAGAUCAGUGGAGCCUCAGAUGUUGGAGAUCGAGUUAACCUGUCAGUCACUGAUGGUCCUCCAGGGCUGUCAGUGGAGAAACAGGAGGUGACGGGUGUGGAUGGAGACAGUGUCAGUGUUCAGUGUUACUAUGGAAACAACAGAAGACAUAGGAUGUGGUGUAAGAUUGGGGGCUGCUGUGCAUCAGAGAGAUCAGUGAGUUUGGAUGGGAGGCCUGUCCUGAUCAGGGAUGACACAGUAAAUAAAGUCUUCAGUGUGACAAUGAGUGGGCUGGAGAGGAAGGACACUGGCUGGUAUUGGUGUGCUGCUGGAAUCCUGCAGAUCCCAGUUCAUAUUACUGUUAGACAAGGAGGGGAUAAUGAAAAACGGAGCUCUUUGGUCCAGCUGGCUCUGUAUGUAGGACUGAGCUUAUUGGUGCUGCUGUUGGUCAUCAUCAUCACAUGGAAAGUGCGGGACAAACACAAGAAAAAUGUGGCUGGGGGCCAAAAUGUAGGAAGGACAGCACGGAAGGACGGCAGAUCUUUCGGACGCUCGGACCUGCGGAGAUGUAUGAAGACGCUGUUUCGCUCCUGGGUUCUCACUUCGCAGCUCCAAAAAGUGUCAUCCUGUGGCAGAUUCUUUUUCGCCGAAGGCGACAGCAGCCGGCUGAACCCAGACCCUGAAUAUGCAGUAAUAGACAGAACUGGCAUCAGUGAGGGAGACCCCCCAGGACAGACCUCUAUGGAGCCUGGUGCUGAUGUCACCUACAGCUCCAUUGUCCUGCCAGAGGUGUCCUCAGGAUGUUCUUCACACUGUCCUGCUGUGAACCCAGCAAGCGAUGUGGUCUACAGCUCAGUCACCCUGAAGCACAGAGAGGGGGCAGCAACAGAGGCACUGCUCUACAUGUGGGGAGCUGCUGCCCAGGAUGAGAGGGACACGCAGAUACUCCAGUGAUGGGGAGGGAUCAUCACCAUGGAGGAGAAUCUUACAGUGAUGUGAGCUGUAUUUAAAUGGCAUGCAGCAAUGUCAUGUUACAGUGUGACAGUAAGAAUCAGCCAGUGAGAAACAGACAUUCGUGGCUGUUGUACAUUUUUACCGUGAUCAAGACGCCAUUUGCUGCACUUGUACGUCGCUUUGGAGAAAAACUUUUGCUAAAUAAGAUAAAUGUAAAUGUGAGGUUUUAUUCUGGUGGUCUGUGAAAUGUCACUUUUAUAUUAAUGGAGAAAAUAUCAUUAGCAGUAUUAGUUUAUUUGUAUAAUAUAAAAUGUCUAUUAUCAUAAUAUACAGUAUUUUGAGAAAGUA